GGCUGCGUUGGAGCAAGGCAACGCCAUGGCGCCGACCGUCGUUGAGGAAAACGCGACCAAGGUCGUUCCAUGGGCGUACAUGCGCAAAGGGGAAUGGUUUAUCUUCUCCAAGGAAGACUGCGAGAAACUCGAAGGUUGCCGCGACUUCAUACCCGUCGUCGUGGACCAAGGACGGUUGGAAGUGACCGUGCAUGAGCGCACCGUAUCGGCAGUGUUCUGGAAGGAAGGGCCGUAUCCCGUCAUUCGAACGGAAUGGCUGUUCGAGUCGUCCGGCGGCAAAUUUUUCCCCAUUCCAGAAGAUGAAGCGACCGAAAUCAAUCGAUACUGGGCCUCUCUACCCAAGGACACCGCGCACUACUUUUCCCUUCCAGUGGAGGAUCACAUGACAGCGCACGAGAUCAAGUUCGGCCCGUCCAAGUCGCCGACGGAGCAAAAGAUCUCGGAGCUGUUCCUCAAAUGCGCCCACACGCGAUCUCGUCGGUGCAAGGCGAUUCACCACGGGUAUCCAGGGUGGACAAGUGCGCCAGUACCGGGUUCUAUCAAGAGCCCGUCGUCCGCAUCGACGGACCAUUCCCGCAGCAGCACAUCGACCGACACCCGUCGAGAAGUCAACCAUGUUGUGUUUGUGGUGCACGGGAUCGGCGAAACGUACUGCAAGAAGCGGCAGGCCGACGGAACAAUCGUCGACUAUUGCUACGCCAUGCGGCAAUCCACCGAAUCGAUCUUGACAUCGCAUUUUCCGACCGUCGCGGCCGGCAUCGAGUACCUUCCUGUCGACUGGUCGGACGUCAUGCGCGACAUGGGAGACGACUUGCAUGCGAUGCUCCACCGCAUUUCGUUUGAGGCAAUGCCAUUCGUCCGCGAAAUCUGCAACGAGUUGCUCUCGGACAUUCUCAUGUACAUGGAGCGAAAGCAAAAAGUCCUCGCGUUUGUCGCUACGUACAUGAACAGCAUAUAUGCGCUGUACAAGCAUCGGCACCCGUCGUUCCAAGGCAAGGUGUCCAUCCUGGGCCACAGUCUCGGCAGCGUCAUCACCUACGACCUCUUGUCGGCGCAACAUGCCACGCACGGCGACGCGACCCUCCACUUGGACUUCCACCCCGAUGCGUACUUCGCGUUUGGCGCGCCGAUCGGGCUCUUUCUCGCAUUGCGUGGCCGCGGCCAUGGGGACACUCUCGCCCUUCCCACCGUUUCCCGCAUGUACAAUAUCAACCACCCGUCGGACCCGAUCUCGUAUCGAUUGGAACCGCUCUUGUACGCCAAGGCCAAAGUCCUGCCCCCCGUGCGGCUCAACACGUUCUCUGGAUGGAAGCGCAUUCAUCACGCUGUCCAAGACAUUGUCGAAUCACUAGAAUCGAGCCAGAAGAAGUUGGCCAAGGAUAUCGGGACAGCAUUCAACAACCUCGGCAACAUGCUCAAGCCCAAGCCUCUGGACAACACCGUUGACGGCGGUGAGGACAGCGCCGGCAAUGACGCCCCCACCGACGAGAACGUGCACCUCGAAGCAAUGCUCGCGCGGCUGAAUCCCCGGACCAAGCGGUUGGACUUUGUCCUGCCGGAAUCCGAGAUUGAAGCGCUGACGCCGCUCGCCGCGCUGACCGCGCACACGGGGUACUGGAAUUCGAUGGACUUUGUGCUAUUCAUAGUGACACAGUUGGUGGAUGAAACUGACAGCAGCAACACUUUGACCAGUGCCACAUAGUCUGACGGGAACUACGUUAACACGACCUAGUCUUUCAUCGCGCCCCGGGUUCAUGGACAUGUCCAGGUUCCUCGUCGUCGCGUCGCAAAGAAGCCGCCAGGCCGGCCGACAACGUCGAUGUGUGUGUGCGACGUUGCGCGCGAACGUAACUCUCGUUGUCAUGCCUCGACGAGGCAGCACGCAGA